AAAGCUCCCCCGCGCAGGCCACCAGCCCUCCCGCCUUCCCAGCCCUAGAGGCCACGCUCCGAUUCUGGUGACGGAGGAGAGAGCAGAGCUGCUGCUGGAAGGAAGAAAGGACGAGACCCUUCAGGAUACCUUGCGGCACUUUCCAGCCUGUGAGCUGCAGGGGUAGGUGAGAGGACCUGGAGCCAGGAUUAAGAACUAUUUAUGAAGCAUCUUAUUUUGUGACUGAAGAUCUGUGGUCAGUGGUGACAUAAAUGGCUCGACUCCCCGCUGGCAUCCACUUCAUCGUCUCAUUCUCCAGAGAUCAGUGGUACAGAGCCUUCAUUUUUAUUUUGACAUUUCUGCUGUAUGCAAGUUUUCACUUAUCUCGAAAGCCUAUCAGCAUAGUUAAGGGCGAGCUCCACAAGCAUUGUACUGCUUCGGAUGAGGCUGAUGUCAGAUUCCACAGCCAGAGCAACAAAGCCGGAGAUGUUACCCCUCGCCAGCUCCCAGACAACGAGACUGACUGCGGCUGGGCACCAUUUGAUAAGAACAACUACCAGCAGCUGCUUGGGGCCCUGGAUUACUCCUUCCUGUGUGCAUAUGCCAUUGGGAUGUACCUGAGUGGUAUAAUAGGGGAACGCCUGCCGAUUAGGUAUUACCUAACUUUCGGGAUGCUUGCCAGCGGAGCUUUCACCGCCCUGUUUGGGUUAGGGUAUUUCUACAAUGUCCACAGUUUUGGAUUCUACGUGGUAACUCAGGUCAUCAAUGGGCUGGUGCAGACCACUGGCUGGCCCAGCGUCGUCACCUGCCUUGGCAACUGGUUUGGAAAAGGAAGGCGAGGUUUGAUUAUGGGGGUCUGGAAUUCCCAUACCUCCGUGGGCAACAUCCUGGGCUCAUUGAUUGCUGGCUACUGGGUGUCCACAUGCUGGGGCCUGUCCUUCAUUGUACCUGGGGCCAUCGUUGCAGCCAUGGGGAUAGUGUGCUUUCUCUUCCUCAUCGAACAUCCAAAGGAUGUCCAGUGCUCCUCCACCCUGGCCACGCAUUCAAAAGUCUAUGAGAAUGGUACAAACAGAUUUAAAGUCCAGAAGCAAAUCUUAAAGAACGAAAAGAACAGGCCUCUGGACCCAGAGAUGCAGUGCUUACUGCUGUCGGAUGGGAAGAGUUCCAUCCACCCAAACCACACCGUCGUUCUCCCAGGGGAAAGCGGGAGUAGCAUGGCUGCCAUCAGCUUCACAGGGGCCUUGAGAAUUCCUGGCGUUGUGGAGUUCUCGUUGUGCUUGCUGUUUGCCAAGCUGGUCAGCUACACUUUCCUCUUCUGGCUUCCACUAUAUAUCACAAACGUGGAUCACCUUGAUGCCAAAAAGGCUGGGGAGCUCUCCACCUUGUUUGAUGUGGGCGGAAUCUUUGGUGGAAUUCUGGCAGGUGUGAUCUCAGAUCGACUGGAGAAGCGGGCCUCUACCUGCGGCCUGAUGCUGCUGCUCGCAGCCCCCACGCUCUACAUAUUCUCCACCAUCAGCAAGAUGGGGCUGGAGGCCACUGUAGCAAUGCUGCUGCUCUGUGGUGCCCUGGUCAGCGGGCCCUAUGCGCUCAUCACCACCGCCGUCUCCGCAGACCUGGGGACUCAUAAAAGUCUGAAGGGGAACGCCCAUGCCCUCUCCACUGUGACCGCCAUCAUAGAUGGAACCGGCUCUGUAGGAGCCGCGCUGGGCCCCUUGCUGGCUGGGCUCAUCUCUCCCUCGGGAUGGAGCAAUGUGUUUUACAUGCUGAUGUUUGCCGAUGCUUGUGCCUUACUGUUCCUGAUCCGUCUCAUACACAAGGAGCUGAGCUGUCCAGGAUCCGCAACGGGGGACCAAGUUCCGUUUAAGGAGCAGUGACCAGACAUGACCUGUGGAGGGAAACUUGGGGCAUCCUUCAUAAACUGCCCUUCAAGGAAAACUUCAAUUAAGGAUCCUGUGUUGAAAAGAAUGAUUGCCCCUUGCCUUUUGCACAUGCCCCUGGAAAAGACACAAAGCCAAUAUGAGAAUUCCUGCUCAGUGCAACGGUGAGAAAAGCCCAUGGGCACCACCAUCUGACUGCCUGAACCAAGCCAGAAAAUGUACCAUGCAGCCAGCCCUGCCUCGUAGGCGUGAGCCACUCACUGCCGAAAUGUUCACGGAACAGCAAGGCAGGACAGACCUUGGCCCCAGGUAGCCUGUGUCUCUCAGGUAUUUCAGACACAGGGAAGUAAAACAUGUCAGCCCUACGCUGGCGGGAACUCUGGUGACAACAAGCUGCUAUUUCCAAAGAAUCUUAUGAGUUCCAUGAGGCACAGGACACCAGAGCCCACAAGUCAGUGCCAGCUAGCAAAGAGCCAGCCUCCACAUGCCGGCAGGGAGCCCAGCACUAGGUCAGAAACCAGACAGAACUUGGACCUGUCAUAUCACCUGAGAGAUUUCCCUGUACUUCCCAUCCUCUGCUGACCUGGAAGCUAAUCACCAAGAAGUUUAAGGUGGUGGUGAAGCAGUAGACCUGUCUAGGAUACCAGCCCAGGUUGUCCCGUGACCCCCAACCCCCACCCCAGGCAGUGAAGCAGGAAACCUGCCUGGGAUGGAGGCCAACCCCCGAGCACUCCACGACCUUCAUCAGCCCAGACCCUGGCAUUCUUGCUGUCCUCUAGGGCCACAACACUGCUGUCCACGACAGGGCACAGGGGCCACGGCAGAGGUUUGGAAGUGGCCUCAGCCCUCACGGCAGCACUGGGGUGGCAGGUCCAAGCCCAGCAACUGGAUUCACUCCACAACACGCACACACCCCGGGACUGUGUUUAGAGACAUAGCAGAGCGGGUUAUUUAUUUAAAACGUGUAUCGUGUUAUAUGAGGUUUAGGAAAUACCAAUGGCAUUUGUUAUUUAUUAAGAAAACUCUGAUUGUUCUCUGGCCAUUUUUCUCAGUUGUGUCUAGCAAAUACUACCUGCCCUAUGAAAUAAAAUGGUUUUAUAGAAAAGCUCA